UCGGCAUUAUCCCUGGGAGGAAGGUACGGGGUGAGUCCGGCUGAGGGGGCAGGAGCCGGGUUAGCAGAGGUGGCAGGGACACGGGAGCUGAGUCCGGCAGAGGUGGCAGGAGCAGCCUUCCUGGGAGCGCAGCAUCCCCUCAAUAGACGGAGAGCCCCUUAGAGCGGUUGUCAUGGUUACCGGGGGCGGCUGCAGGCCGAAGACGGGAUCCAAGCCCCUGGAAAGAAGCUGCUGACCGUGAGGGGGGUUGCAACUAACCCGAGGCGGGGGUAAAACCUGGACAAUAAAAGGGAUCCGGGCAUCAAGGAGUGGAGAGGAUUAAAGAUCACUCAGCAUGGAGGACGGCUUCCCCGGCUACAGCAACCUGUAUGACACCACCUCCCUCUUGCAGUUUUGCAAUGAUGACAGCGCCUCGGCUUGCAGCACCAUGGAGGUGACGGAUCGGAUCGCUUCCCUGGAGCAACGUGUGCAGAUCCAGGAGGACGAGAUCCAGCUGUUGAAGUCGGCUUUGGCUGAUGUGGUUCGGCGGCUGAAUGUAUCUGAAGAGCAGCAUGCCAUGCAGAACAGAAAAGGACCUACCAAAGAUCAAAGCAUGCAUAAAAAGUCAGAUGUCGGCAGGCAUUGUAGCGCUACUGGCUCAGCAAGACCUCUUGGCCAAACUUUGCCUCUGAGAAAUGCUGUUAACAGUGACGCAAUCUUACCAAAGAAGCCAACUGGAUCUCUCCCAUCACCAUCUGGGACCAGGAAAGAUAUUGUUCCACUGGCAUCCAAAGGCAAAUCUGUACGUCUCUUGAAUGCGUGUAAAAUAACUAAAACCGCAAUAAGCAAUGUUAAGAGAACCAAUUCUACAGAACGGCUCUCUCCUGGAGGCCGGAGAGAAAUCCCUGGAGAUGCCAAAGGCAGCAGGAAUCGGGCCGGUUCCACUAGCAGCUCAUCCAGCAGCAAAAAGAACACCGAGAGCAAGCCUAAGGAGCCCAUGUUUAGCGCUGGGAAGCGGCGUGUGACACACUGCAAAGAGGAAGGUUACGUGAAAAUGUUUUUGCGAGGACGCCCUGUUACCAUGCAUAUGCCCAAAGACAACAUUGAGUCGUACAAUUUGGAAGCAAAGACUGAACUUCCGUCCAAGAGACUUAAACUUGAAUGGGUCUAUGGCUACCGGGGUCGGGACUGUCGCAGCAACCUCUACCUUCUGCCUACUGGGGAAACUGUAUAUUUCAUAGCGUCUGUAGUCGUUUUGUACAACGUAGAAGAACAGCUACAGAGACACUACACUGGUCACAACGAUGACGUCAAGUGCCUUGCGGUCCAUCCUGAUAAAAUUACUAUAGCAACAGGUCAGGUUGCCGGGACGUCGAAGGAUGGCAAACAAUUGCCACCACAUGUCCGUGUCUGGGAUUCCGUGACGCUGAAUACGUUACAUGUCAUCGGAAUGGGCUUUUUUGACCGUGCUGUCACCUGUGUUGCAUUUUCUAAAUCUAAUGGCGGUGGUAACCUGUGCUCUGUGGAUGAUUCCAAUGACCAUGUGCUCUCCGUGUGGGACUGGCAGAAGGAGGAGAAGCUGGCUGAUGUUAAGUGCUCAAAUGAAGCUGUGUUUGGGGCAGACUUUCAUCCAACUGACACAAACAUUAUAGUAACAUGUGGGAAGUCCCAUCUCUACUUCUGGACGUUAGAAGGAAAUUCUUUGAUUAAGAAACAAGGGUUGUUUGAGAAACAAGAAAAGCCCAAAUUUGUGCUGUGUGUGACCUUUUCCGAGAACGGGGAUACAAUUACAGGAGACUCGAGUGGAAAUCUCCUGGUCUGGGGAAAAGGUACCAAUCGGAUAAGUCAUGCUAUCCAAGGAGCCCAUGAAGGGGGUAUUUUUGCACUGUGUAUGCAGAGAGAUGGAACGCUGGUGUCUGGAGGGAAAGAUCGCAAACUCAUAUCUUGGGAUGGAAAUUAUCAAAAACUUAGAAUAGCUGAGAUUCCAGAUCAGUUUGGUCCAGUACGGACAGUUGCAGAAGGAAAAGGUGAUGUUGUGCUGAUUGGUACAACCAGAAAUUUUGUUCUUCAGGGUACUUUAUCUGGCGACUUCCACACAAUUACCCAGGGUCAUACAGAUGAACUAUGGGGACUUGCUGCACAUUCGCUAAAACCUCAGUUCCUGACGUGUGGCCAUGACAAGCAAAUUACGUUAUGGGACGCCACCAGUCACCGUCCCAUCUGGAGCAAGAUCAUAGAGGAUCCAGCACAAGCGUGUGGAUUCCACCCGACGGGUUCUGUUGUAGCGAUAGGAACCCUAACGGGAAGGUGGUUUGUUUUAGACACAGAGACCAAAGAUUUGGUGACCGUGCACACGGAUGGGAACGAGCAGUUAUCUGUCAUGUGUUACUCUCCAGAUGGAAAUUUUCUUGCUAUCGGUUCCCAUGACAACUACAUCUAUAUUUAUGCUGUUAAUGAGAACGGGAGAAAAUACAGUCGCGUUGGAAAAUGCUCAGGGCAUUCCAGCUUUAUCACGCACUUGGACUGGUCUGUGAAUUCUCAGUAUCUCAUGUCAAACUCUGGAGACUAUGAAAUAUUAUACUGGAUUCCCACAGCAUGCAAGCAGGUAGUAAGCGUUGAGACUACUCGAGAUAUUGAGUGGGCAACAUACACUUGCACUCUCGGUUUCCAGGUUUUUGGAGUGUGGCCGGAAGGAUCAGAUGGAACCGACCUUAACGCAAUCUGUAGGUCCACUGAUAAGAAGCUUCUCGCCACUGGAGAUGAUUUUGGCAAAGUUCACCUGUUCUCGUAUCCGUGUUACCAGUUUCGCGCAUCGGGCCACGCUUAUGGUGGACACAGCAGCCAUGUAACCAACGUGAGCUUUUUACACGAAGACAGCCACCUGGUCUCCACUGGCGGGAAGGAUAUGAGUAUCAUGCAGUGGAACAUCAUCUAAGGAGGACAGUCUCGGGCCUUUUCCAUGCUAACGGGCUGUUUUCACGCAAAGUCUAAGAACUUUCACUAAAAGACCUCAGGAACGACCCUUCUUCACCUGAUACUUAGGCUGCCAUCUGCGUGUCUAUACUCUGCUUUCGAAGGGGGCCCAUGUAUACCUGUAAUCCUGCAAAAUAUACUUUAUUAAUACUUUGUACUACACAAAAAGAAGCUUGAAAGAUGUUUACAUUGCAUUUUGAAGUAGCAUUACAUGUCUAUAAUGUACUGUACUUUGAGUUACAACAAGCCUUUUUAAAACAUUA